AUGACUUCUUUACCUCCACCUAGUGAUUUUGAUGUCCCCCUAGAUUGGUUAUAUAAGGGAAAGAGAAAAAAUAAACUCAAACCUAUUAUAGUGUCUACCAAUUCCAAACCUACUACUGGUCAGGCUAAUGAAAAUUCACACUCCUUUGCCAAUAAAACUACAGCUACCCUUACAACUACAGUCGAUAACAAUAACAAUCAUAAUCAUGAGACUGUUACCUCAGAUAAAUUACAUUUGAAUACUGUUGACAGAAGACCUAGAUCUUCUUCCAUAUCAUGUGCCUCGUUAGAUAACUUGUCAGAUUCCGAGCAUGUUAAGCCUGCCAUUCUCCCUGAAAAGUCCAGUAAUUCUCGAAAUAUUCCAACAAGAAGUAGAAGUUCUUCUAUGUCGCAUAUUAUGAACAUUAUGAAUAGUACACCAACGUCUACUACUAAUAACAGCCAUAACAAUAUAGAAGGGAAAAAAAAAUCUUUCAUCAGUUCUCUAUUUAGCAGGAGAAGUAGUGUAAGUGCCAGCCACAGUACAAAUGAUAGUCAACAUGAAAGUAAUAAAAAAGAUAGUGUGCAUAUACCUCAUAUACCAACAUCAAACCCGAUUGAUGAUGAUUUUAGUCCACAUAACGUUGGAAAUAGUAUCCCCUUGCAUGUGGGUAGUCCUGAUUUCCAUUCAUAUGCGUCUCCAUCUUCACCAUCACCAGUAUUCCAACACCAUUCCCUUCAUGAAAGCAUUUCAGCAUCUAUAGAACAUCAAUCGUCAUCCAAGCCAACUUUGGGUCAAUUAUUAAAUGUUCCAUUAAAAAGAGUCACAUUUGCAGUCGACAAAUUUGAAGGUGACCCAGCACAGCAACUGCCUUCUAGAAAACCUAAGGUUGGGAAUGUUCUUAUUCCAGAUGAUAUGAUAAGUGAUAUUCCUUCAAUAUCUGUUGGUAUAACUAAUACUGGUGAUGAACAUAACCAUCCUCAACUUAAAAUUACAAAGGACUCUAAAGAGUAUAAACACGCAUUAGAAGUUUACACUAGAUAUUUGAAAGAAUCUAUGAAACAUCAACAAGAAGCACAUAAGGCUGCUGAAAAGAUGGCGAAAGAAGUGAAAAGUUUUAGUGAAAGGGUACAUAGGAGAAAUUCUCUUUCAUUGACAAAGGAACAGUUUGGUUUAUUUAUAGACCCUAAUAAAAAUGAUGACAGUAGAAGAGUUACUAAUAGUAAUGGUAAUAAUAUUGAAGAUGAGCAUCCUAUAGGUGGCCAUUCAACAUUUAUUAAUGUAUCAAAUAAUAAUAUAGAUAAGCAACUAAAUGUUCAUGAACAUUAUUUCCGACAAAGUGAAGAGUUACACACAUCCUCUGUAUUGACUCUGGAUAUCAUCUAUACAAGAUGCUGUCAUUUAAGGGAAAUUUUACCAAUCCCUUCUACAUUACGACAACUGAAGGGGAAGACUGCCCCUUUACACGUAUUAAAAUUUUUAAAUCCUAGACCUACUUUAAUCGAUAUUUUAUCAUUUUGUGAUUUUAUUGCUAUCGUACCUAUCCAUAAUGUUAUUUUUGAUAACGUUACAUUAAAUUCGGGAAUGCUUAGAAUUGUUUUGAGUUCAUUGGCUACUUCAACUACCCUAGAAAAAAUAGGACUGAGAAAUGUAGUCAUUUCACAAAGUGAUUGGCCAUUUUUUUGUAAGUUUUUAUUUAAGAAUGAAUCUUUAACUAAGUUAGAUAUAUCACAAACAAAGACGAAAUCAGAUUUAUCUUUAAAGGAUUAUAGAGAACAUAUGAAGUGGGACCUUUUGACUGAUGUGAUAAAAUUAAGAAAAGGCAAACCUUUAGAAGAAUUAUUGUUAAAUGGGAUCAAGUUAAUUCAUAUUCCAUUGUCACAAUUUCAGAAUUUGUUAACUGUGUUUGGUGAGAAGUACCGCCAAUCUUAUUUGGAGGCAUCAAGUUUGUCAGUGACAUCUUUGAAUGGGUUGCAAUUUAAUGGCUCUGAUAAUAUAGGGAUUAGAUUAGGUUUGGCUGCUACUGAGAUAACAGAAGACUAUUUAGUAACCGUGUUAGAUUGGAUGUCACGCUAUUCUGUACAAGGUGUUGAUUUUUCUUUUAAUAACUUGGAUCCAUUUUUAAGGAUAUUUGCCAAGAAGUUUUCUAGCCUACCGUUUGAUAAUCUACAAUAUUUCACUUUAAAUAACGCCAAUAUUUCCAAUGUUACAGAUUUAGCAUUAUUGUUAAAGUAUUUGUCAAGGUUACCUAAUGUGAAAUAUUUAGAUUUAUCAAACAUGCCAGAUGUGUUUCCUGGCAUCAUUCCUUAUCUUUACAAAUAUCUACCUAGAUUUCCUAACUUAAAGAGAAUUCAUAUUGAUAAUAAUGAUUUGAAGUACAGACAAAUUAUCGUACUAUGUAGCAUAUUAUCGAAAUGUAAAACGCUUUCUCACAUCUCAUUAUUGUAUGAAUUGAAACAUAACGAUACAUCCAAUGGUGGUGGUGUUCAUGGUAAUGGUAUUAUCAAUACCAGUAGGAAUGAAAAUAAUUUCAGUAAUAAAAAGGAUAUAUAUAAGCAACAGUUUUUCACAAGAAACACUGUUUGGGCUACAUUGUAUGCUUUGGUCCGUGAUUCUCCUAAUUUAUUUUCCUUGGACAUUGAUUAUGAUCAAGUACCUGACGAAAUCCAGUCUAGAAUUGCAUUGUGUUUAAUGAAGAAUAUGCAACACGCUGUUAAUUCAGAUAUUCAGGUUGAUGCAUUAUCUUCUCAAGAUCAAUUAUUGUUUGAUGGUUCAUUAGUAGCUGAAACUGCAGAUGAUGUGUUAAAAAAAUUGAACAACAACACAUUAAUGGAUAAAGACCCACAUCUUGUUGCUACUAAGAAUUAUAUAUUGAAGAAAUAUUUUGAAAACUUAGAAAAUCUAUUACAAAAUGUUCAAGAAACUAUUGAUAAUGUUUUUGAAAAAAGGAAAACCGGUGAAUUACCAUCUAAGGAAAAAGAGAAUUUAUUAAGAUUAUUGUUAUUAGAAAAGAAUUUGAAGAAUAUUAUCGAGGUUGCCACAUCGACACCAACUAUACCUCACAGCAUCAAAGAUUCUCUUGUUAGUUCGAUUAACAAUGGAGACGAGCAAUCUAUAACAUCUGUUGGUGUCUCUAGGCCAUUAUUAAAACAUUUAGAUUCGGCUAGAUUGAUGGCAGAAGUGGUUGGGGAAGAUGACCACGAGAAUGAUUCAACGGUACCACAUACAGUUGCAACAGAGGAUGAUAAUAAAAUAGUAGAUAUAAACACAGGUAAACCUAUUCUUUAUAAAUCUACGUCUUCAACAUCACUUCAAAAUAAAUUACAAGAGAAGGAAGAGGGUGAACUACAUAAAUGGGGGUUCUUUGUACAGCAACAAAGGUCGAUGUAUCCUUCAGAUAAAGACUUAUCGGAAGAAGAGUUUAAAAUUAGAAAUGAAGAUGAAGAUAACGAGAGUAAGACCAUGUAUGCAUCUGAUAAGCAAGAUUUUGUUCCUCAACUAUCUACUCCAAAUCUUGAUUCAGGUACAUCAACACCAGUGUCUCGCAAGAUAUUAACUCGUAUUCCAUCUGGUGAAGAAUUAAGGAGAGCUAUUAUCAAAGCCAAAGGUAUGGCUACUAUGGAUGAAUUAAUUCAGAAUGUGGCAGCUAAUAAACAAGAAUUAGAGAAGAUAUAUAAUGCAGCAUAUUUCUUAACAGGUCAAGCUAAAAACAAUGAAGAUAAUAAAGAUGAACAGAAAAAAUAA